CAGAGAGAGUUUCCUCAGUGAGCGUCCUGCUCUCAGCCAGUGAGCGGUGUUGUGUCGGUGAUGCAGGAGGUCUGGGAGGUGAUGCUGAAGUAGAUGAAGAUUUAUCCUUUACGGUUUUCUCCCGGGGAGUCCGGACCACCUGUCACUUCUCUCCGCUCUGACGACGAACUAACGCAAAGAAAGGAGAACAGGGGCAGAGCGGCGCGUAAUUCCUUCUGUGCGUCUCCGCGGCCCCGCCAUGCCUCUCCUACUCCUCCUCCUCCUCUGACCGCCUCCUGCCUCUUCCUCCUCGGAUGAACUUUCUCGCCGCCUGCGGGGACGCGGUUGCUCGAAUCGAGACCAUGAAGACGACGCGGAAGUGUCGCGCGCUGCUGUCGGUGGGUCUGAACCUGGUGGCCCUGUUCUUCUCCACCACCGCCUUCAUCACCACGUACUGGUGCGAGGGCACCCAGCGCGUCCCCAAGCCCAACUGCAGCAAGCAGCGGCGCCACAACUGCAUCGACUACGGCGUGAACGAGACGGACCAGAACAAGGUGCACUACAGCUGGGAGACCGGGGACGACCGCUUCCUCUUCCGCCGCUUCCACACCGGCAUCUGGUACUCCUGCGAGGAGAACAUCCACGAGGCAGGUGAGAAGUGUCGGAGCUUCAUUGAUCUGGCCCCAGCGUCGGAGAGAGGGGUGCUGUGGUUGUCGGUGGUGUCCGAGGUGCUCUACAUCCUGCUGCUGGUGGUCGGCUUCAGCCUGAUGUGUCUCGAGCUGUUCCACUCCAGCAACGUUAUCGACGGUCUCAAACUCAACGCCUUUGCCGCCGUCUUCACCGUGCUGUCCGGUCUUCUGGGUAUGGUGGCCCACAUGAUGUACACUCAGGUGUUCCAGAUCACAGUCAGUCUUGGUCCUGAAGAUUGGAGGCCUCACAGCUGGGACUAUGGCUGGUCCUUCUGCAUGGCCUGGGGUUCCUUCACUUGCUGCAUGGCUGCCUCCGUCACCACCCUCAACUCCUACACCAAGACGGUGAUCGAGUUCAGACACAAACGCAAGCUGUUUGAGCAGGGCCUGCGCGAGGAGCAGAACUACCUGGACCAGGAAGCGUUCCACUACUUCCGGGACCGCUCCCUCCAGUCCAUCUCCAGCACUGUGGAGGUCUACCCCGGCCACGGUGGAACCAGAGCCGGGCUCAUCGUUGGGGGGCCAGGUCCCGGUCCAGGACCGGGUCCUGGUCCCGAAAGGGGCAAGAUGAGAGCCCCGUCAGCCACGAUAGACCUGGGGGAGAACACAGACUCGCUGGGAGAGGAGCAGUGCUGAGCAAUCUACGGGAACGUGAGGGUCGUGUGGGAUGACGGGGCGAGCUGCUCCUUUAGGUCUAAACUAGGCCACGGGUUCUGCCACCGAAUGAGAAAGCACAGCAGUCCUUAUUUUCAGUUUGAAGAAGAUUAUUAACUCUUCAAGAAGAGACGAAGUCAGUGGAAUAAAUAAAAUUAGAGGGAUACAGUAUGUUCUUUAUAUAUUAAUGGAAAGUCAAUUGUGUCAAGUGUGAAAAACAGACAGAGAUCUUUGACUUUGAGAAUUAAGAUUCUUCGAGGACUGAAAGCAGGUGUUCUCUAGCUAAUUUCAAGGUGCUAUGUGUAGUAUUUCAACAUUGAUUUUAUCAAUUCUGAUACACUAAAGUGGGCCAAUGUAACAGAAGUGCCAAUUACAAAACAAUGGUGAAUGCUGAAUAACAGUAACAGUAGCACUAAUAAUAAUAAUAAUAAUAAGAAGAACAAUAACAACAACAAC